GCACAGCCACAAGCACAGCCACAAGCACAGCCACAAACGUUGCCACCCUCGACAACGGCAGCAGCAAUCGUGGGUCAGCCACAACAACUGCCACAACAACCGCACCAGCAACAGCAACUGCCACAACCGCCAUUUCCGUUGCUUUUUCCCAUGCUGCAAGGCUAUGGAAUGCCUCCACAAGCGGCAGCAACAACGGCGGCCCACGUUUCGCUUCCACAGGCGCGCCCGCCCCAUUUAGCAGCCGCGCAAUAUCAAGCGUUUCCCCCAGUCCAUGCGCCUGCAGCCAUGCAGGCGUUUCCCCGAGCCGGUACAGGCCUCAUCAACAGCAGCCUGAACAUGGCACCAUCUCUGGCUGGGCUGGCCGGGCGCGCGAGCGUUGUGGAUGCGGACCAAAGCCGCUCUGCCCGCAUGCAAGCGUUCUUGGAUGACAUCGAAGCACGGCGUCGCUUCAAGUGCCCAAAGUGCGACAAGCGGUUCACCACCAGCAGCAACCUCAGCCGGCACAAGCGCAUCCACACCGGGGUGAAGCCGUAUGCGUGCAAGUAUUGUCGCUUCCGCUUCAACAACAGCAGCAACCGCAACAAGCACGAGGCCGUGUACUGCAAGCAGCGCCCGUCGCUCCGUCGCUCUUCUUCCUCGCGCGACGAGGACACCACGCGCCCGCCCUCAUCCUCCGCAAACGCGGCUGAUGCUGCGGCAGCGCAACAAACCCCGCUCCCCUCGUCGUCCGAGGGAGAUGCGCGCGCAAGCACGGGCGCCAGCAGCCCCACCAGCUCCUCACACUUGUCGAGCCCAGCGAGGACGUAGCGGAGAGUGGAACGGGGGCAAGGCGGCAACACGAAGCGUGGGUAAAGAGUGGGUAACGCUGUUCAUGCUGAUGGUGUUUGGUUUGGUUGUGGUUCUCCUGGUCGAGCUGUGAAGUUGUGAUGUUCAUUUUUGGCGAGUCUUCAUCCAUGUUUCGACAUCAUCUUUUCAUCAGCAACUGCUUAGUCGGUUGUCGAGCGUCUGUGUAUGCUCCUCGCUUCACUUCAUUGGGUUUUGUUACUCUACGUGAGUCCGUCUUGGAAGUGACAUGAUUUCGUGUGGGGCUUUCAUUGCGCUCUCUGACGCGUUGACGCGCCAGUGCUUGGUCUUGUUGUCUUGACGGCUCUUCAUUGCUUCCUUGGGUUCAUAGUGCUUCCUUGUGGAGUGACAUCUUUGGGUCUAUUCAGCAGCCCCUUCUGCUUUGCGUGAGAGCAUGGCUUCUCUCGGCGCGCUUUUCGUCUCGCCUCUCGCCGUGGGCGUGUUUGUUUGUUGUAGUCGUUCUUCGUUGCCUUGUGUGUGUGACAGUCUUCUACUGUCACCAGAGUGGAAGAGCGAGGGAGUGGGAGUGGGAGUGGGGCUGGGUAGUGCGGUUCUUUUCUUGGGGAGGGGGGGGGGGUUCCCCCCACACUUCCCGUUGUUUGCGUGUUUACACAGUCUUUCUUCAUUGCCAGUCAUCGUCAGUCUUCUUGUGCGUUGUCCGAAAUCACAUUGAAAGGAUGAGCGCCGGAACGCAUCUCAAACACAGGCACCAGGGCAGAACAGCGGUGAUGUGAUGUCAAGACUGUGCGAUCUGACCUGGCCACCUUGCGUCGCGCACAUCG